CGGGGCGGGCCGCGCAGCUUCCCCGCGGACUGAGCCGGGCCGGUCGGAAGCGCGUCGCCUCUGUCCGCGUCAGUCGUCUGUGUUCACGGGGCUCCUCAUGGAGGAGUUCCCGGGCUGAGGAGCGGGCGGGACGCCCCCACCUGCCCAGAGCGCAGGUGGAGCCCAGCAUGGCCGCGGCCUGCGCGCGGGUCCCAGCCGCGGCGUCAGAGGCGCACGGGGACAUCAUCCAAGUGAAGGUAAAGGAGGAAGACCAUGUUUGGGAUCAGGAAUCCUGCCUGCAGAAGACUUUCUGUCACACUAGGGAACUCUGUCGCCAGCGCUUCAGGCACUUCUGCUACCAGGAGACCCCCGGGCCCCGCGAGGCGCUGCGCCGGCUCCGCGAGCUGUGCCGCCAGUGGCUGAGCCCAGAAAUACACACCAAGGAGCAGAUCCUGGAGCUGCUGGUGCUGGAGCAGUUCCUGACCAUCCUGCCCGAGGAGCUCCAGGCCUGGGUGCGGGAGCAGCACCCGGAGAGCGGGGAGCAGGCGGUGGCCGCGCUGGAGGACCUGGAGAGGGAGCUGGACGAGCCUAGACAGCAGGUCCCACAGGGCACAGAUGGGCCGGAAAUUCCCGUGGAGGAAGCGAGUGCCCUGGAAGCAGCCCAGGAGUGCUUGGGCACCCAGCUCCCGUCUGCGGAGGACAGAAUGGAAUGUGACUCUCCAGAGCCAGGCCCACUGCCAGAUACUGGGUCAUUUUUGUGGCUUUCCAUGAUGUCUCAAAGCGUGGGUGAUGAUAACCCCAGUAGCUUAGACACUAAUGAACCAGAAAUUGAACCAGAAAACAUGAGAGAGAAGUUCUUCAGGAACUUAGCAGUGUUGCUGGAAAACAAAAGUAAUAAUACCAAGAUAUUUUCCAAAGGAAAGUACUGUCAGUUAAUUCAGGAAGUGAAAGAGGCUCAAGCAAAGGCAAGGAAGGAGUCUGUUGACUACCGUCGCUUAGCGAGGUUUGAUGUGAUCCUUGUGGAAGGAAAUGAAAAGCUGAUUGAGGCUAUAAAUGGGGAAACAGGUAAAGUUCGGUAUUACUUACACAGCGAGGAGCUAUUCGACAUUCUGCACCACACGCAUCUCAGCAUUGGGCACGGUGGCCGUACCCGCAUGGAAAAGGAGCUACAAGCCAAAUACAAGAACAUCACAAAAGAAGUUAUAAUGCUGUACCUGACACUCUGCAGACCAUGCCAACAGAAACAUUCGAAACUCAAGAAAGUUCUCACAUCGAAGCCAAUUAAGGAAGUUACUUCAAGAUGCCAGGUGGAUCUUAUAGACAUGCAAUUAAAUCCUGACGGAGAGUAUAGGUUUAUCAUGCAUUAUCAGGACCUUCGUACAAAGUUGAGUUUUUUGCGGUCACUAAAAUCUAAAAGGCCUAACGAAGUGGCACAUGCCCUUUUGGAUAUUUUUACAAUUAUCGGAGCACCCAGUGUCCUACAGUCUGACAGUGGGAGAGAAUUUUCAAGCCAGAUUGUCAAUGAACUCAGUAAUAUUUGGCCAGAGUUGAAAAUUGUCCACGGGAAACCUCAGCCCUGUCAAAGCCAAACUUCUGUGAACCAAACUAAUGAAGAUAUCCAAAACAGGAUUAUCUCCUGGAUGCAAGCUAACAAUUCAUCACACUGGGCCGAGUUUUUGUGGUUCAUUCAGAUGAUCCAAAAUCAACCCUAUCACAGAGGCAUGCAAUUGAAUCCAUUUGAAGGCACAUUUAGCUCUGAGGCUAAGCCAGGCCUCUGUCCUCCUCAGUUAACCGAAGAACUCGUUACCAGCCCGAAUCCAGAAAAUGAAUUUGAACUGGCCGACAAAGAAUUAGAGAAUCCGCCUGGAGCACAGUAUGAAGAGAACGUAGAGACUGGAACUGAUAGUAGUGAUCUUGAAGAGAAUCUUUCUGUUACUCCUAUGGUGGCUCUGAAAAGCCCUCCUGAAAGCAGAUUAAAAAUUUUUUCCUGUGUAGUUUGUGAAAAAGAAUGCUCAGGAGCUAAUAGUUGCAUAUCAUGUGAUGGACGUGUCCAUGCAGGCUGUGGGGUGCCGUCCCCUCACGGGCCUGUGGGCUGUCGUCACAGAGUAACAUGCAGUCUUUGCCAUGAGGCCACCACAAUGAAAAGGAAACAUGAUGAGAUACAAAGAAGUUUGACCGGUCAACCUUCCAAAAUGCUAAAGCCAUCAGAGACACCAUUUUCAUCAGAUAAAGUAGGGGAUUGGAUGGCGAAACAAGCUUCACUAGACUUGUUUGUCAAGAAAAAACAUAGACUUUCUGAGUCCGGCGGCAGGAGUAGAAGAAACAGUAAAGAUGGAAGUCCGCCUGAGGAAGUGAAAGGCAGAAGAGUUCACACAGGUUUCACUCGGAAAUAUGACCCCUCAUACAUUGAGUUUGGGUUUAUAGCUGUCAUCGACGGUGACGUGCUGAAGCCACAGUGUAUUAUUUGUGGAGACAUACUGGCUAAUGAAGCAAUGAAGCCAUCAAAACUUAAGCGGCAUUUAUAUUCAAAACAUAAAGAAAUAAGUUCACAACCGAAAGAAUUCUUUGAAAGGAAGAGUAGUGAAUUAAAGAGCCCACCGAAGCAGGUGCUCAGUGUUUCUCAUAUAAACAUCAGUGCCUUGCGGGCUUCCUACAAGGUGGCGCUGCCAGUGGCCAAGUCCAAGACGCCUUACACGAUCGCGGAGACGCUGGUCAAAGACUGCAUCAAGGAGGUCUGCCUGGAGAUGCUGGGGGAGUCGGCCGCCAAGAAGGUGGCUCAGGUGCCCCUGUCCAAUGACACCAUCGCCCGGCGCAUUCAGGAGCUGGCCAGUGACAUGGAGGACCAGCUCAUAGAGCAAAUAAAAGAAGCCAAGUACUUCUCGCUGCAGCUGGACGAGUGCAGAGAUAUCGCUAACAUGAUCGUCCUCCUGGUGUAUGUGCGGUUUGAGCACGAUGAUGACAUCAAGGAAGAAUUCUUCUUUUCAGCCUCUUUACCAACAAACACAACUAGCUCAGGACUGUGUGAAGCUGUGAAGAAUUACGUCAUCAACAAGUGUGGUCUGGAAUUUCAGUUUUGUGUGGGCGUGUCUUCUGACGGUGCGGCUUCAAUGACCGGGAGAUGUUCCGAGGUGGUGGCCCAGAUUAAGGAGCUUGCUCCCGAGUGUAAAAUAACACAUUGCUUCAUUCAUCGAGAAGGUCUGGCCAUGAAAAAGGUAUCAGCUGAAUUAAACAGUGUGCUUACUGACACAGUAAAAAUUGUGAAUUACGUGAAAUCUAAUGCAUUAAAUUCGAGAUUGUUCUCUCUGUUGUGUGACAAUAUGGAAGCAGAUCACAAGCAGCUGCUGCUGCACACGGAGAUGCGGUGGCUGUCACGGGGGAAAGUUCUGUCGAGAAUGUUUGAAAUACGAAAUGAACUCUUGGUGUUUCUGCACAGCAAGAAACCAGUUUGGUCCCAACUUUUCAAAGAUGUGAACUGGACAGCCAGACUAGCUUACUUAUCUGAUAUCUUCGGUAUUUUUAAUGAUCUUAACGUUUCCAUGCAAGGGAAGAAUGCAACCUGUUUUUCAACGGCUGAUAAGAUUGAAGGACAAAAACAAAAGUUAGCAGCUUGGAGAAACAGAGUCUCUGCAAAUUGUUAUGACAUGUUCCAUAAUUUAACAACAGUUAUCCAUGAAGUAGGUAAUGACCUUGAUAUUGCCCGUCUGCGGAAAGUUAUCGGCGAACAUCUUACUAAUUUGUUGGAUUGUUUUGAAUUCUAUUUUCCAUCGAAAGAAGAUCCACGCAUAGGGAACUCAUGGAUCCAAAAUCCAUUCCUCUCAUCAAAAGAUAACUUGAAUUUAACAGUCACCCUGCAGGAUAACUUGUUGAAGCUGGCUGCUGAUGAAGGAUUGAAAAUGAAUUUUGAAAAUACAGCAUCACUUCCUUCAUUUUGGAUAAAAGUUAAGAAUGAGUAUCCUGAGCUCGCUGAGGUUGCUUUAAAAUCCCUUCUUCUGUUCCCCUCCACGUCCCUGUGUGAGUCCGGGUUCUCUACUUUAAGUGUCAUUAAAACAAAGCACAGGAACAGUUUGAAUAUACAUUAUCCCCUGAGAGUAGCAUUGUCGUCCAUCCAGCCCAGGUUGGACAAACUAACAAGCAAGAAGCAAGCUCACUUGUCACAUUAAAGACUUUAAGGUAUUCAGUCAAAGUGUGUAUAUACACAUUACGGAAUAUGAAAGUUAUUAAAAUAGCAAUUCUGUAUAUAAAUUGCCUAUAUGUACACUUUCAGUCACAUGUACAGUUUUUAUAAUUCUUUUGUUACAUUUGUUGUAUUUAUUAAAAUGUAAUUUUAAAUGUUGCUUCUAAUAUUAAAAAUUUGCAUUUUGUAUGUCUUUGUUACUGUUGUAUUUCAUUAGGAUAUGAAGAUUUUAGGACGGCCUGGGAUGGCAGUGAAUUCUCUGAAAUGACAGAUUAGAUCGGUGAAGGGAAGUGAGUUCGAGUCCAGAAUUGGAAUCUGGGUGGUCGGAUGGGGAAGCUGAUGUUCCGUUUCCUUUGUUGGUGCAUGUUCACACACAGUGCUUACGUGGCCGAGGCCGGGGAGACACUUACCGAGUCAUGGUGUCAUGGCUUUGGAUUCAUAUUGACAAAUUCCGACCUCCUAGCGCUGGGGGAUUGGGCCGUGGCGAUGAGUUUAGGUCAGGUACAGAGUUGUGGGUUUUGCUUGAGCUGAGUGCUGUUGAGGUUCUGUGGGACAGAGCCAGGUAUGACGAGCCCUUCAGGUAGAUUUCAUAACCUCUCCUGUGUGGAGACGAUUCAGAGAAAUGGCACCCAUAUCUGCUGUCUUGUCUGCACUCAGGAUUACGGCAGACAGACUAGGAGCACAAGGCAGUUUCUUUAGGGGAAAAACAUGCCAAGAUCCUUGAAGAAAAUGAGUCUUCCUAGACGGGGCAACAACAUAACAGUAAGUGCUUAUUUUCAAAGAAAUGUAACAUUGAGAGUUGAAGAAGGGAAAGAUACGUAGUCAUACGAAAUGUCACUAUUAAGUUAUUAAAAAGUUGCAUUGGACUGGAUCCCAUUUUAGAAAGUGGAGGAAACCUUUUUCACAUUCAAGUUUGACACUUUAGUAGGACUAUAUUUUAUUGUGUGUGUUUAAUAAAAUCUUACAGCUUUUCAGAAGAAGUGGUAGUGGUGGACAGAUGUAUGCGACAGUGGUUCAGUUUCUUCCGCCUACAUUUUGUGUGUCCUCUCUCCUAUCUGACUAUAUUUUGGAGCUAAGGGACUUACAUUUAAAAAUUUUUACCAUUUGUUUUAUUGAUUGAAUAAAGUAUUGUGCUUCCAAUUUUCAAUUUUAAA